AUGGCGGAUCCGAAGACCACUGUAACGCUCGCCGCGGAUUCCAACCAGGCCUUGGGCAUUGCCCAGUAUGCGUUGGACUUCAUCGGCGGCAAGUAUGGCGACAACAUCGAUGCCAGCGUCUGGGAGAAGAUUGAGCAGUUCCAUACGGAUUCUGUGAUGUGCGGGAUCUCCGCACUCGCCAUGAAGUGCAACUCCCCCACGGUCUUGCGCGAAGAGGCCCUGAGCUACAAGGAUGACGAGGGUGCGACGGUGUUCGGCAGCAAGCAGAAGUGUGCUCCUGAGAAGGCCGUGGUGGCAAAUUCGGCAGCGGCGCGAGAGUGGGAUUCCAACGGAACCGUUUUUGGCUACAAUCCCAACAUCCCGGGUCACCAGGCUGGAGAGUUUGGCCACAACGACUUCUACGGGGUCGUCAUUGCUGCGGCUCAGGUGACGGGGAAGGUCACUGGCAAGACCGCCCUCCGCGCCAUGAUUUGUCUCGAUGAGAUUCGCGGCCGUCUCGCAGAAGUCUUCAGCCUUAAGAGCUACAAGUUGGACCAUGUCAUGCAUGGUGCGAUCGCGUCCGCAGCGGUCUACGGAGCCUUGCUGGGAGCCACGGCCGAGGAGAUCGAGAGCGGAAUCGGCAUGGUGGUUGCGCACUAUGUACCCUUCCGUGCCAUCCGGGCAGGGAAGCAGCUUUCGGAUUCGAAAGGUGCCUCUGCAGCCAUCUCGACGGAGGCAGCGGUGCUUUCCAUGCGUCGUGCCAUGCGCGGUUUCGUGGGCCCCCGUGACAUCUUCCGCAACCCCGAGAGCAUCUUCAGGUUUUUCGAGCCCACCACGGGCGUGACGCAGAACAAGGACAGUAUUGACAUCACCUUGGGCAACAAAGUUCGCUGGGGGCAAGGCCCCAGCCCCUUCAACCUGGUCUUGACGCACUCGGGCUCCGACUUCGCCGUGUGCGGCAUGCACUUUAAGAUUGGUCUCUACGAGCAUCAGUCCGCUGGAGCACUGCACGGUGCCGUGCAGCUGGUCGCCGACAACGAGGAACUCUGCACCAAGGGCUUGGACAGCAUCGAGGGGAUUUCAAUUGUGGCCUACGAGCCAGCCUUCGGCAUCAUUGGUGACCCAGCGAAGAAGGAUCCAAAGACGCGACAGUCCGCAGACCACUCCAUGGCCUUCAUCGUUUCGCGCAUGUUGCAGAAGGCGGUUGCCAAGGGCAAGAAGCCCCCCAGUGUGCAGGCGGCCUGGAACGAUCUCAUGCUCACCCCCUAUGACUAUGGCAAGGAUGCGCUCCAUGACGCGACAACGCGUGCCCUCAUGCAGAAGAUCACUUUCAAGCACGGCGGCCCUGAGUACGAUGCCAAGUACCCCGAUGGUAUUCCAACCUCAAUCGACAUCACGAUGAAGGGCGGCAAGAAGUUGUCCAGCGGACUCGUGAUGUACCCACCAGGCCACGCGAGAAACACCACCGCUGACCUCAAGGGGUUGUUGGCCACCAAGAACAAGAUGCUGGGUGACUUGGUUUUCAAGGAUGAGACGUCGUACAAAAAGUUCCUCGAGCCAUUGAUUAACAUGAAGAAUCUCCCCGCUGCGGCCAUGCAGGACAUCUACUCUUUUGAUUUCUCCGACAUAAGGGAGCACAAGUGCAUCGACGGUGAUCUCCCCGUGGUCCCGCCUCUGAAGUCCCGUCUUUGA